AUGGAAACUCAUGUGGAUGCUUCGAAUGUGUCGAAUAUUUGUAAGAAAGUUUGUAAUAAAUGGAAAUGGGCUACUAAUGCUAAUUGUUGUCCUAGAGGGACGCGGAUAAUGGUGGGAUGGGAUGAAAACAUUGUGGAUGUCAUGAUUCUUGCCCAAACAAAUCAGGUGGUUUACACGCAGAUUGUGUUUAAGCUUGAUAAAAAGUCAUUGUUCUGUUCUUUCGUAUAUGCGGAAAACCAUUACAAGGAUAGAAGGGAUUUAUGGAAGGAUCUUUGUCAACACCAUUCGUUUAUGCGGGAUAAACCGUGGGCCAUUAUGGGGGAUUUUAAUGCUACGUUGGAGCUGGAUGAUACUCUAGCGGGUUCCUCGACAACUAGUAUUGCCACAAGGGAAUUUAUGGAGUGUUUAAUUGAUGUUUUUUCGGAUGCGGCGGCUUGUUUUUUACCUUAUCGGGUUUCGGACCAUACACCGUGUAUUCUUGUUCUUCCGAAUGUGCAACGAGACAAACCGAAACCUUUUAAAUUUGUCAACUUAAUUGUGGAUAAGAGUGGGUUCAUUGAGGAGGUUAAUCGGGUUUGGCAAACUGAUGUUUCGGGAUAUGCUAUGUAUAAGGUGGUGAAGAAACUUACGCUCUUGAAGGGCCCUCUGCGUAAACUCCUGUUUGAUCAAGGAAAUUUGCAUGAAAAUGUUAAAAAUACAAGGAAGCGUAUGGAGGAAUGCCAGUAUGAGCUGGACAGAAGCCCGGGUAAUGGUGAGUUAAUGACUAAACUUGAUUCUAUGCUUCAAAUGUAUAAACAGGCUGUUCAGGAUGAAGCUUUGUUUUUACAACAGAAGUCGAAAGUUGACUGGUUGUCUUUGGGAGAUUCGAAUACUAAAUAUUUUCAUAAUGUGGUGUUCGAAAGUAAUGAUGUGCCGCUGGCUUUGGUGGAGCAUUACUCGAACUUCUUCGGUUCUGAAGUGGAAACUCCGGUGCAUCCUACUCCCGACUUAUUUGUUCAGAGGUUGUCAGAUGCUAAGGCUCAAAACAUGGUUCGUCAGGUUUCGGAUGCGGAGAUAAAGGCAGCGAUGUUCUCUAUCUCGGGGAAUAAAGCUCCGGGACCCGAUGGGUAUACGUCAAUCUUCUUUAAAAGGUCAUGGGAUAUUGUGGGUCAGGAGGGGGAUCCAAAGUCGGUGAGAGUUAUUAUGGGUGCUCUUAAUAGUUUUAAAAACAUGUCGGGGCUCGUUCCUAGUAUGUUGAAGAGUACUGUUUUCUUUGGCAAUGUGGUGGAUUCAGUUAAAGCUCGUAUUCUUGAUAUUAUGCCGUUUGAGGAAGGGGUGUUGCCUGUUAAGUAUUUAGGGGUUCCUCUUAUAACGACGCGGCUUAACUACAAAGAUUGUAAAUGUCUCGUGGAGAAAAUGGAAGCUCGUAUAACUGACUGGAAAGCUAAGUGUUUAUCUUUCGCUGGAAGGUUGCAGUUGAUCAGGUCGGUUUUGUCCUCUUCGCAUGUUUAUUGGGCAUCAGUGUUUAUUCUUCCAAAACGUAUUAUACACGAGUUGGAGGAACGAAUGCGUAUCUUUUUAUGGACUCAAGGGAACAGAAUCAAAGGGAAAGUAAAGGUAAAGUGGAAAGCUGUUUGUUUACCGAGAGAUGAAGGAGGGUUGGGGAUUCGUAGGGUUGGUGAUAUGAAUAAUACCCUUAUGGUCACACACAUAUGGAGUCUGCUUACUAACCGGGAGUCGCUAUGGGUCAAGUGGAUACAUUCUUACCGUAUUCGUUAUAGGAAUUUUUGGGAUGUGCCGAUUAAAAGUAAUAUUACUUGGAGUUGGCGGAAGAUGUUAAACCUAAGACCUUGUAUCCGUGAUCAUAUACGGAUCAAGAUGGGUGAUGGUAAGAACACGAGUGCUUGGUUUGAUAAGUGGGAUGCGGUUUGCCCGAUUAGUAGAUUUAUUACGCCCAGAAGUAUAGCAAAUGCAGGUUUGAGUAUGAAUGCUCGGGUUGCUGUUAUAUUUGCAAAUGGAGAAUGGGUUUGGCCAGAGUCUUGGUUCAAUCGUUAUCCGCUGCUUAAUAAUUUAUAA